AUGCAAUCUAACGAUGAUGUUUGGGAUUGCAAGAAGUGUGAUGGUGUUGGGAGAAUAUCUAUUAAGAUAGGAAGAAGUGAUCAAUCUCUUAGAGUUGAUUUUCGCAAUCAAGAUAUAAGAAAUAAUAAGGUAACUCUCGAGCAACUUUCAUUCAUUGAGAAUUAUAAGACGAGGAUUAAGAAAAGAAAAACUAAGAAUGCAAAAUCAAGGAAAACAUCAAAGAAGCAAAAGAACGAUGCGGAAGAAGAGAAACCUGAUCUUCCAUUGGCUUUUAAAGAAAUGAUUGAACAUAUGGAAGGUAGAGAUGUGAAGUUGGUGAUCCAGAAACAACUAACUAAGAGUGAUUUGACCCAAAAUAAUGGUCGUUUAUCCAUUCCAAAAGCUAGGGUUAUAGAGAGUUUUUUAACAACAUAUGAGAAAUCAUAUUUGGAUUAUGAGCGCAAUCGAAAAGGAGAGAAAAAAGAUAAGAUCCCUAGUAUGAUUGUAUCUAUGUUGGAUCCCAAUCUUAAUCUUUGGGAGGACUUGUGCUUAAAGAAGUGGAAAAUGGAGACAACUGAGAUCUACAAUAUCGCAUGCGGAUGGAACGAUCUUGUUAAAGACAACAAAUGGAAAAAAGAUCAAAAGAUAAAAGUGCAACUUUGGUCUUUUAGAAGAAAUUUUAAGCUCCACUUUGCACUUGUCAAACUUUAG